AGUAUGGAGUUAAACGUACAUUAUUUUCUUUAGAAAUGUAAAGUAAAAGUUAUAAAAAUAGUAAAGUACAGACAAAAAAAACGACUUAAGUAGUACUUUAAAGUAUUUUUGCCUAAGCACUUUACUCCACUACAUCGGACAGCACAGCGUCAGUAGCCAGACAGAAUAGUUAGAGGAGAGAACCGAGCAGGACACCCCGCAUUCUGCUACAGACACUAACUGAGCUCAGUCCUUCAUCUACCUGGACAGGAUCAGACACAUUUAUCCUUUUUACUUUCCAGUCGCGCUCAAACUAUCCUUACUGUUUUAUCUUGCACUUGGGAAAUAUUUAUUGAAGGGAAAAGAACGCUCUAAAACUGGACAAAUAUUCUGCAAUCGUGACUUUGUGUUUGAAACGUGAUAAAACGCGCCUUGCAUUCUACCCCGAUGUGGAGGCACUCUCGGUUCAGUCACAGAAGAGUGUUUCUAGACUCCAGAUGGUAACUAGGAAGUGUAGAUCCUGGAGCGGUUCUGCACGCCGACUCAGACAUCUUUGACCUCUGCUGCUGCUAGUAGAGACUGUCAGUCUGUCAGAGACUGUGAGGACCGGGGGGGAACAGACAACAACAUCAUGGUUCAGAACGUGAUUCUAGUGUUUUUCCGCAGGCGGCUGAGCCAGAGACCCGCGGUAGAGGAGCUGGAGAGUCGGAACAUCCUCAAACAGAGGAAUGACCAGUCAGAGCAGGAGGAGAGGAGGGAGAUCAAACAGAGACUCAACAGGAAGUUGAACCAGCGUCCUACAGUAGAUGAGUUAAGGGACAGGAAGAUACUGAUUCGUUUCAGUGACUAUGUUGAGGUGGCCAAGGCUCAGGACUACGACCGCAGGGCAGAUAAACCCUGGACCAGGCUGUCUGCUUCAGACAAGGCAGCAAUAAGGAAGGAGCUGAAUGAGUUCAAGAGUAACGAGAUGGAGGUUCACAAUUCCAGCAAGCACCUGACAAGGUUCCAUCGGCCGUAGUGUAGUGGUGGUUUCUUCUGCAGAAGCUGGGUGGUCCAAUUAUCAGUGAAGACCAUAUGACAGUGUUCCCAGGCUCCUACCCACGGCCCCAGACUGUCCUGUCUUGAUAUGUGGGCUAGUUCCCGGAUGUUCGACCUACAGAUAUCUGUCUGUCUUUGUGCCAACUUGGAGGCUGUCUGUCUCUCUGUGUGUCACCAUGGAGGCUAUGUCUCUAGAGCUGGUGCCCAGGAAAGAUCACAGGAGACAUCAGACUGAUAUUCUCUUAAAAGGAGCUAUCAAAACGUCUCUGGUCGCUUUCUCCUAGAUGUCAACCAAUGAGAAAAAGAUGAAUGAAAAAGAUGACAGCACUUGUUAGUUGUUAGAGUUGUUUCUCUUUUCACUCCAUACCAGCAGUCUAAAAGAAUCAGAAAACUAUUGCCAUGCAACAAAUGUUUCUCAGAAUUUCUCUUGGUGUGGUGAAGGUUAAAAAGAAACCUACGAAGAAGGCUAAAGGAUGAAAGAGUACAUCCCUGAGACUGCCGCUGUGGAAUAAACUGAAAUAAAUAACGUUGACUGUGAGUGCUUGGGGUCUGGUUUCAUAGUGGAUCCUUGGAUCAGCCACAGGAGGAACUACGAGGAGCCUCCAACCUGGAGGAACCAGCCUGAUCGCUGCAUUCACCAUUCUAUUUCACUUCACGCACCAAUCUCACAUUCCUCCUCAGUUUGAGCCUAUGUCUGUGACGAGAGGCAGUAUUCAAAACGUACUUAUCAGCGAUUGCAUCACCUUCAACCAAUCACUGUUUCUGAGAGGAAUCUGAUUGGAUCAGUCAUUUUCCGAUGUAUUCCAAACACCUAUUGGAUAAAGACUAGACGGAUAAGUGCAGUGAGACAGAAUGGUGAAGGCAGCGAUCAGGCUGGUUCCUCCUCCAACCUGCUCAGAGGAAACAACACAUCUCCUUCAUAGGACCAUCUGAACAUUUUCCUCAACACCUUGUUUCUCCAUGUUAGAGGACGGAGGAGACACAUUGGAAUGCGUCCCAAAUGGCACCUUAUUCCUUAUUUUAUAACAGACUAUUUGAAAGCUGAAAGAACGAUGGCAGACAAAGGAUGUGGUGCAUGUGACCAACGAACCCUUUCCUCUCCUCUUCAGAAACACUAGUUAAAGGCUGCAAAAUUCCAGAAAAUUCCAGUUGGAGGGUUUCAGGAUUUUAUGCUUAAUUUAUUCUCUCCUGAUUCCAGGAAUCUCUAACCAGGAUUUCUGGAAAACCUGGGGAUUUUGGGAAAGUGACAGGAUUUUGCGACCCUAAACGCUAGUCUCCCCUCCAGCACCCAGGCAUCUCUCUCUAUGGGCUGACAGUGUUAAUAAUGUUGUUGGUAACCAUGUCUGUCUAAAGCAGGGGUAUUAAGCUCAUUCCACGUUGGGCCGAGUGUCUGCAUGUUUUUGUUUUUUCCUUUCAAUUAAGACCUAAAUAGUGACCUUAAUGCAUCAAUCAAGUACAAGGGUGGAGAGAGAACCUUCAGAGACACAGCCACCCGUGGAAUGAGUUUAACACGUGGUCUAAAGCACCUUUGUAAGCACUAUUUAUCGUCUGCACAAUACAAGUUGACUUUUUAAGAA